UCAGGACUUUUUAUAAAUGUGUGCGCUUUAAAUUGAAUACAAUAAUAUUUAAGUGAAUUUGAACAUAGUGUUCACCCCUAAUAAUAUUGUGUGGUCAGGCUGCACACUGUACGCUAGUUUUGAAGCACAACUAAACUAAGCAAAAUGACAGAAACAACGAAAGCGGAAAAGAACUAUUCUAUCUAGUUUUACAGUUAGCGUCAUAUUACUCGUGUUUUGUUUGUGUUAUAUAUGCAGUACUGAAGGUGUCGUGUGAUAUAAGGCGAAUGGCCAGUGAUGACAUUUGGCGCGCAACUGUAGUGCCACAAGAGCGAGAUCAGACUGUAGAAAUCUUCAUAUCAGAGUGAUUGCACUUGUGUCUGUUUCAGGAUGGUAGACGAGAAAUAUGUCUUUCAAAUGUCUGGUAUCAAGAGCCAUUCUCAGAAAAGACAGUUACUCCAGGGCAUCAGACUGCUGGGGGGCAAAUAUAUUGGGGGCUCUGAGUUUAAGGAGGCAACAACUCACCUCAUCGUCCAAAAAGGUUUAGCAAGUGAAAAGUUUCUCGCAGCCUGUGCUGGAGGGAAGUGGAUAGUCACCCCAGAGUUUGUUCUGGACAGUGUGAAUCAAAUGGCGUGGCUACCAGAGGCUUCAUACGAGUUAAAUUUAACUGCGCAGACCCCUGAGAUACCCAAUCCAUUAAAAACAUGGAGAGAGAGGGUGGUUAACGGAACAGUGUCUGGAGCCUUUCAGGACUGGGUAGUGCUCAUUGACAUUGAUGAUCCAACGAGGAGGAGUAUUUUUGUCAGGAUAUUAAAAGCAGGCAGAGCUGUUGUCUUCACAGACUGGCCAAAGUCAUAUGCUGUAACUCACGUGUUGACCAAAAACACAUCCAAUGAUGGAGCUGAGGAGUGUGGAAUCCCCCGCUAUAAUGUCAGCUAUGUAGCCAAACAUCUUUUUGGGCAUGUUUGCUCCGAGUUAAACUGGUCAUGUAACUUAGAGUCCUUCGAUGAAGAAGAGACCUGUGAAAAACCCGCCCUGGCUGCUGCUGUCACUGACAAGUCCAUGGAUGUCACUGAUGACUUUUCACAUAAAGAAUUGGAGGACAUGUUCAAAGAAUACAUCAUCAUAAUGGAGCAACGGAAGAAGAUGCUUUUGACAGUCCCAGAGUUUUACAGCUACUAUACGCCCAACCUGCCUGUUCAGAUUCCAGUGGUAGAUUUCAGCAAUGUGCAGAGUUUGGUGGAGUGUGCCUUCUUCCCUCAAGCUCUGGAGGAGAUCCUGGGGUCCUUGCAGCCUGGAGUGAAGCCUCCAGCCCCUCUGCUCCAACAGCUAAUGCAGCACACACUGCAUGGCGAUGCAAAACCAUUGUACCUCAGCAUGUUCAUCACAGUUCUCCACAGUAUCCUGCGCAACAAUCCUACCUGGGGUUCUCCCGGACACACUAAGUACUUCCUUCAGGUCCUCCAGUGUCCAGAGUGUAAGGGCGGCCUCUGGUCACUUCUUGAGACGUCAGUUCGAGUGUGUCUGGCAAGCGAAACCACCUGUCACUCACUGCCAAGCCCACCAUCCACUGAAUUGUUUCGUCUCCAUUGUAACCUGCAGGAGUUCUUCCUGAGACUCUUUCAGCUAGAGCUUCAUGCUGCUAGCUCAGGGAGGUCACCCAGAAGCAGUCGGGCAUCUGUUCUGUACAGCACCUUUUGGAACAUGUGGGAGAAGUCGACUCUGACCUCCAGGGCAGUUCAGCAGCUCAGCACGCUGUUGAUCAAGACUGUACUUUGUGCUUUCAACUCCACUCAGGAGUGGAGGCUGGGAAUGUCAGUCACUCUGCAGGAGAUUCUGUGUGUAGUGGUGGAGUUCUGGGCUCAGGAACACAGUCCACUCAACAGCAGCCUGGUGGAGAAAGGCUUUAAAGACCUGGCUGAACACAUUGCCAUACUGUGCCAAGACCUUCACUGUGACAUGCUGAAAGAAGUGAUUCCAGCCAUUCGCUCCACAAGGCUCCGGAUGUUCACUGCCGACGCCAUUUACAGAAACAUCUGCUGCAGCAGGGGCCUGCUCCUCAGCUCUGAGCCACUCUGCUUGCAAAAAAUUGUCUCAACCUACCUCAAAGCUCUAGGGAGCUUGUGUGAUCGAGGAUCAGUCCAAACCCUGAAGGGACAGAGUGACAGAACAGAGAUGAAUCAACCCUCUACCAGCAGUGCUGCCCAUGUUCGAGGCUCAGAACCUGCGAAAGACUCGGCAGGCGGCUCAGAUUCAGGGAGAGAGAUUGUCCCGAGAGGUUACCACAGAGUCAAUGCUGCAGGCGAGACACUCCUUCAUCGAGCCUGCAAGAGGAACCAGGUGGAAACGCUGCUUCGUAUCCUCAGCGUGCCUGGAACGGACGUCAACAUUAAAGAUCACGCUGACUGGACGCCUCUUCAUGAAGCCUGUAACCAUGGCAGCACGGAGUGUGUGCAGGCCCUGUUGCACUACUGCCCGAACCUGCAGCUGGGCAGUCAGGUGCAGGGAGUCAGUCCACUACAUGAUGCCCUGCUAAACCAACACACACACAUCGCCAAGAUGCUGCUGCGCCGCGGCGGCUCUCCUCUUCUACGGUUGCGUGACAAUGAAGGUCAGACCCCUCUGGACCUGGUUUCUUUUGAGGCCCUGCGCGAGGAGCUCCUUCGCUGUGCGGAAGAAGGCGACAAAGCUCUGGACACCCCUUGUUCGCAGGUGCAGGAUGUUCCCUUCAUUGAGUCCUGCUCAUGGGUGCUCAGCUGCCUGUUCCUCACUUAUCUCCAAGAGCGACACAUACCUACCUACAAAACCCCCCUUACCCCUCUGGACCUUAGUCCCACUGUAUGCCGCACCCUGAUUCGUCUCCGUCCAGGCAUGCUAGCCUCCACCUGGAGAGAUUCCUAUGCGGUGAGCCUGGCUGAGGACCUGAGGACUGUGUUGAGUUUGGAGCAGUAUGUGUCACAGGUGAGCCCCGCACUGAGACACUGUCAUGGGGAUCAAACCAGUCUGUUUGUGCAGCUGCUUGAAGAUCUGCAGGCGGAGGGGGCGGCACUGAUCUCUGGACAAUCUGAAUUUGACUCGUUCUAAAAGAUUCCAUAUAGAGAAACAAGGAUUGGGCAUGUAUCUGUAAACCUGUGGUAAAGCUCUGACUUUUAUUUCUUGAUGUUUGUGCUAUAAAGUAAGUUUUGAGAAUUAAGUACAAAAAAUUACUUUUAAUUGAGAACUCUACAGCGUGAAUGAUUACAGUAAGAUUUUUAAAUUAAUAAUAAUUAUUAUUUGUAACAUUGUGCAUUUUGUUUUUUGUUUGGUUAAUCAAAACUGGGGAGUAUUUAAUUUUUGUACAAAAUAUUUUUAUAAAACACUACAAAUUGUGAAUGCUAUUUAACUGUUAUUCUUCAUUUUUAAUUCUUAUAUAUUUCUUUAACUGUAAAAUAAACGUUUAAUUAAAAAAAAAAAAAAAAAAAAA